CUGUUUCACGUCUGAAAUCAGCCUCUUUGCAUGGCUAGCUGGAGGAAAUGGUUAGCUACAUUCCCAUACUGGCAGAACUCUGUCUGACUCCAGUAAAUGUUAGUGCAGAGCUACAGCGACCUCUAGCGCUGCAGGGCUCUGAGGCAGACUUGAUACAAACAGCACGGGAGUUGACACCAUGACGAUAAGCAGACAGCACAGCAGGAUGAGAGUGACAGAAGUGGAGGAGUUCCUGAGAAACCCUCCGGCCGGUUUCUCCGUGGAGGUCCUCCGCUCCGGUUACCGAGUCCACAGCGACCCGGAGAGGAGCCUGGUGCUCAUCGAUGACUUUGACUCCUGCAGAGGGAAAAUCAUUUUCCACAAGUCUCUGGGAAGGAAAGUUAAAAUGCACAAUUUAUGGGAGUACACCAGCAUGAGAAAGAGUCUUCUGUCCAAGAGAAUCUAUCUGCUGAUGUCUGCCUGCGAAGAAAACGUUUCAGUAACCGGCAAAAAGGCAGCCAACGGAGCCAAAGUGCUGAAGCAGUUUGUGGUGUCCAUAGACUGCAACGAUCCGUUCAUCAAGUGGCAGAUGGAGAGAGGCCUGGACCGGACCAUCUCCUCAGUUGCGGGGGAAAGCUACAGAGUGGAUAUUGACUUGACAGAAUCACUGGAGAGCUGGGCAGCAAAAAACAUCCACAUCAUAACGGACAAACCGAUAAAAGUCAAACCUGUGUGGAGAGAUGCCUCCUUCACACUCAAAUACUAUUCUGAUGCCCUCUUUGACUUCCCGCAUUGGUUUGGGUUCAGCAAAAGAAAAUUCAAUUUGAGACUGACAUGAGAGCAGCAGGGGAUGGAGAGCAAGAAAGAAAAUGGACUUCAUCCACUCAGUUUUUGAUGGAGUCUUGGUCUGCUUCCUCAAGAAAGUGUCUUGAUCAACAGAUGAAUGCUUGACCCUGCCAGGUGAAGGAUCAGCCUACCUCUUUGGAUUGCAGUAACUACCUUAUAACUGUUGUUGGGUCCAGAGACUUCUUCUGUCCAGUAGGUGGACACGACUGACGAGGACUGACAAAGAAAUUAUGAAUGCCAAUGCAUUUUUUUAAGGUGUUUUUGCUAGUAAAUUCUUGUAUUAGAGCUCGAAAGGGUCAAAUAUGUGCUACUGCAUUAAUAAAUGUUUGUAGACUUUU